GCACUUUGUAUUAAGCGGAAUCAGGCGCCAUUCCACCGGGUAAAUCCGGUACAAUAUGUAUGCACAACAAUCGCCACUUCGUGAAACUUCGAAUAAAGCAAUAGCCCGAAUAGAGAGAUUUCGUUAUUACGAGGGAGUUUGGUUUACGUCCACGAUGUUCUCAGGAUGGCAGUAGACUUCAGCAGCCGCCUUGCGCAAGUACGAAACCGUUCCUUCCCUUCCAAUGUCGCCCCUGGAGAAGCAACUGGACUGGCUCGAAAACUUUUGGCCUUUACUCGGCUUGAAGUUCCUCAAUUUUUAGUUGAGCCUUUCGAACCUGGCACAUCAAUCUCGGCCGAAUUUCCAUCCUUGAUUCUUUGCAGCGGCCAUCUUCCUUCUUCUUCUUUUUUUUUUUUUUUUUUGUCUCCUGCAAACUACUCCAUUUGUUACACCUCGCAAAUGAACUACCGGAAGAGAUGAAAUGUGAGGCAACUCGAACGCAAGCCUGCCAACAUCACAAGAGCUGGGCUCUCUCUGCUAUCUCAGUGGCAGGGUAGCCACAGCUGCGGCGCCGAAGGAUACAUCCUCCGACGUAGAGAUCACUCAACCGUGAGAAAAGGACGCUACGGCAGGAAUAACAUCUCUUCGGCAUUCGCCUUGGAGCUGUGCUCGCAACCUUAUUUAAGCGUGGGCGCUGACGCGCUGCUUAUUCGAGAUUGCGCGAAUCUUCGUCUCGCACUGCGCCCCCGCUGCUGAAAGGAUGGACGGCGUCGCUCUCGGUGUCUUCGUCUUCGUCGCAACUCUGUGCGCAGCGACGGCACAGGUCCGAAACGUAUCGUUCAAGAGUUGUGGUGGAACGGUGAAGUCAGUCCUGAUACAGCCCUGCUCGUCGGAACCGUGUGCCAUAAAGCGUGGCGACACAGCGAGGAUCAACAUGGCCUUCACUUCAAAUCAGAAUUCUCCAACCUUGUUGAUGGGUAUCAGUGCUGUUCUUGAAGACGAUCUCGAGCUUCCGCUGCCCACUUCAGAUAGAGAUGGCUGCCGGGGAAGAGGCAUUCGGUGCCCCUUACAGCAGGGUUCCGAAUACACAUUCAAAUAUGGUCUGGAAGUGAAGCCUUUUUACCCAAAGUUGAACACAACAGCCAAGCUCAAGCUUACUGGAGCAAGAGGGACUGUUGCAUGCGUCCUGUUUCCCAUUCGACUGGUUGAUUGAACGACUCCAAAGGAACUCUUCUAGGAUAGCAUCUACAUAAUGUUUCAGAAUAAACUUCUGGCAACAAGUUAAA